UUUGCAUGGAGUUUUGAUUUCUUGCAGCGAGAUUAGAUUAGCCACUCCUCCGAUACACGGAUGCGGAGUAAAAUGAAAGCUAACAGCUAGUGUGGUUUGUUCGCAUUUUUUUAUUUUAUUUUGUCAAACAUGGCAGGGGACUUAUGGAGUUUCGCGCUGGAAAAAGCCGAGCUGCUCUCUAGCCGUUUACGGGAGCUGGUGUCUUCGGGACAAGGCUUGGUUCGGGCCCAGUUCGGAGUUGAUCUGGGUCUGAAGCCCGAGCUUUACCCGAGCUGGCUCAUCCUGUCAACGGCAGCGGUCGGUCUGCUGCUGCCGCUGCUGCUCGGGGCGACCUGGGCCGCUUUCUGCGGCGGCGGCGGAAAGCGACUGGUCGGCAAAAAGCGGGCUUCCCAGGUCAACCAAGGCGGCGAGGAGACGGGAAAGGCCAGCUUUAAUAAUAAAAGUGUCAAACCAGAGGAGCCGAAGAAGAGAAACAGAAAGAAAACCGGCGACAAGAACACUCAGUCCAAUGGACAGCCGCCGGUCAUUGUUCAAGAGAAAGUUAAAGAGAUUGUGGCAGCUCCAAAAACAGCCACACAGAUGAAAGCUGUUAAGCAGGUGCACGAGGUGCCGCCCCCGGUGCAGGUGAAAAAAACCAAGAAGAAACCCAAGACAGAACCUAAGACAGAUGUGAAACCAGUUCAGGUUUUGGUCACCAGUGACGUGAAAGAACCCGACGAUGGUGCCUGGGAGACUAAAGUCAGCAACCGAGAGAAGCGGCAACAGCGAAGGAAGGACAAAGGUUCAGAGGAUUCUGGGAGCCCGGGAGGCGACAAAGCUUCCAAGGUCCACGUCGAAACACCUGCAGCCGCGGCAACGAGCAAAAAGAAGCGAGGAAACAACGAGAACCAGCAUUCGAGACCGAUCACAAAGGCAGACAGAGCCAGUGGGAAAGGCAAAGCUGAAACGCUGAACUCUUCCUCUGCGUGGAGAGUGGAGCCUACAGUCAACGGUGGAGGCUGGUCUGAUGUUCCGUUGAAGGCCGCUGGUCAAGCUGGUUCUGUGGAAGGAAAGAAGUGGAGCUCCAUACCGCCAUCUGGACAGUACAGGUCCCAGUCUGACCCCCAACCCUGGGCUCAGGAGUCUCAAGCGGCCGCUUGGAGCAGCGUGGACGGGAAGAUGAAGACGAUGCCGUUUUCUGUGCUGCAGCUGAACUCUGCAGAUCCGUUAUCAAAUUCAGCUAAGUUGCAGUGGGCCAACCAAACCAUUGUUGACGAUCAGUGGUCAGGAGUCAAGGGGACGGCAGCAGAUUCCUCCUCUGACUGGAAUGCCCCAGCGGAGCACUGGGGGAACUACGAAGAGCCUCCUGCGCCCGUGGUGGUGGCGGCAACGGCGGCAGCAGCAGCAGCAACCCUGCAGAAGGAUCAGCCCAAGGUAUCAGAAGACGAGAAGGACACUGACGAUCCCUCAGGUGGAGCAGCCAAGUCUAAGAAGAAGAAGAAAAAGAAGAAGAAAGCAGAAGAGGAGCCUGCAGCUGAUGCUCAAACUCCAAGUGCAGCAACCAAAGUCCCAGAGCAUCCUGCGCCGCCGCUAAACUUACAGAACACCAGCAUAUCGUCCGCUCAGAAGAAGUCCGAGCAAACCGUCGAACCUCAGAAGCCCUCCCAGAAGAAGAAGGUUAGAAGGGAAACUUGAAGGAACAACACGAGUCUCUACAAACGUUAUGCAAAUGAUUAGGAGUGUCUCAUGCAAUAAUUACCAGGUACAGUUUCUGUCUUAGACGUGUAACUUUUUAAUGGCGACAAGAGGACAGCAAGCAGCAGAUCUAACCUGCUGUACAGCAGUGACAUGUGGUCCUAUGGACUGUUAAUUGUAACUAAUUUUGCACUAUUUGCUAAACUGCAACCAGAGGCAGAGUUUCAGGUGGGAUUUCAGUAAUGCUACUUGUUUAAUAGUUUUGCAAGUGUAUUUUGUUUUUUAUCCAACAGGAGUGUCUGUAAUUGUCAACCCAAAAACUGCAACGCGGGUUUUACUUAAUUUUUUAAAUUUUUUUUUUGUCUUGCAAAGUCUGAGUUAGGCUGGUCGCCCUAAACGAUGCACUUUGUUUUUUGUUGAUCUUCCACUCCCUCUCUGUGAUUUAGAAUCAUCUGUUUAGGUUUUGGUUGAAUCUAACAAUGCAGAGCCCAGAUGUUCACUGAUGGACUCAAGAGUUUCGUUAUAGGUUAUCUGUCCCGCGCAAAUUUUUCUUGUUAGCUAAAAAACAAAAUAUUCUCAGUUCUUAAACAGAAAGUAAUAGGAUAUAUUCAACACCAUUUUAUUGUAAUAUUACGGUUCCAUUCAGAAGUUUACAUACAUUCAUUAUCGACAUAAAUUACCUGUUCUUGCACCUUUAACGAUUGAUUUGAACUGUUCUUGUCUACACAGUCCAGCUUUAAUGAUUUCAAAACACGACUUAAGUGUACAGGUUUGAAUUUAGGAUGAUUUUUCCUAAAUGAUACAAGCAAGCUCAAAUAUUUAUGUUCUCCCCCUUUUUAAUAUGUUAAUUUCAAGCCACUAGCAAAAUCCCGAAAACUGCAUGUUUUUAGAAUCAGUCAACCAGUUUAAUAAUUCUGACUGGACAUGUGACCACUUUCCCUGAGAGAAAUGGUAGGUUUCUUUUUAUGUUGUUUCCUGAUAACUGAUCCAACUUUUCAUCAUAGUCCAUCAAUUUGUAAUGAGAUUGAAAUCGAGUCCAGUUUCAGAAGUUUGCUGCAGAGAGCUUAAUCCAUUCAUUUUUAUUUUUAUGCGCGCGCUGGGAUGAGUAGUCUAACAUCCAGCCAGAAAUAUGCCAGAAGCUGAGGUUUCUCUGCAGUUUGCUAGGGGAUUUUAAACCAACAUUAGUGGGGUGGCAUAUACAAAAUAUAUCUGAGCCAGUAUGUAUAAUUUUGACCCUAUGGUAAAUUCAACCAUAAGCUUCUAAGUCUUGUUUUUAAAUAGAAUCAAAGCUGCCUGUUGUAUGGACACAUGGUGCUGCUGUUUCUAUCGCGUCUAUAAAAAUCCCAACAUUAUUCUAACAUUUACGCCCAUAAUGACCGAAUGUAGGCGUCUGACUGGAAAUGGAGACUCAUUUUUAGGUAAUCUUUGAACUAGAGAAUACUUGUGGAAAGCGUCUUGAUUUGCUUUGCUAGAAAGGGCAGAACAUUUCAACGAACUCUUUAAUAUUUCACGCUCUCAUGUUUGAUGUAGACUGCUUCACUCUCACUCUAAAUCAAGCGUGUCGUUUUUCCUCGCACCGUUUAAUUGCAGCUAAAUGUUGUAAGUUAAAGCAUUCCAACAUGGCUGUUUUAGACAGUAAGAGUAAUUAGUAAACAAAAAAAAGCACUUACAACAUAUAAUCUUCUAUAAAUGUAGAUUUCAUGAUUCCUUUAUGACAUUCCUUGACAUUUUUCAUGUUCAAACAAUCCGACUUGUGUAUUUCCAGAUGAAUAUGGUCUUGAUAUAUCAGGAGAUUAAAAAGUCUACAGAAAGUUCAGAGUUAAUUCCACCUACCUUGUUCAAUAACUUUCUUUGGCUUUAACUGCGUUUUCAAAAUAUAGAAAUUUAGAUUGAAAUUUGCUGCAUGUCGACAAAUUAAAUUUCCUUGAGAUUGCAGUGACUGAUAGAAACCACCAGGAGGCACUGUAACUGAGACUUGAGGUUAAUGGAGUCAAGGCGAUGAAACAGUAACAUCGGAAAAUGCUGUUUUUCUAUUUUUUAAUCAAAGUUAUCAUAAUGAUUAAGUCUGUCCUUUUCUAAGUAGCUUGUAUGCUUUUUUAAAUGGGUUCUUCUGCUCUCUAAAUAACUUUUUACAAGGAUUUCUUCCAGUUUUUUCCUAGAAAAAGCCACGCCAUAUGUAUAGAUUGUAAGGGCUUUUUUCUAGUUUGUGAUUGCACUGUGCAGAAACCUGUAUAGUUUCUUUUUAUUGCGAAUUAAUUGUUUUUCAACGGUUUUUGCCGAAUGUGAAACUUUUUUUUUCUUCCCAAGAAUGAAGGAGAAUUUUUUUUUUUAAUGAACUAAUGGGAAAAAAACAGCAAAAAUAUAAAAAUAAACUAAUGAUAAAGAGCUUUGCAAAAAUGUGACAUGGAGCAGUUUGAACUCUUCAUUCAAGUUGUUUGAGCGUAUACAUUUAAAAGAAAUUCAUUUCUACUGCCUUAAUCUGCCGUAUAGAAAGUUUGUUGGAGUCCUUUUUUACAGCUUCCAUCCUUUUGCAAGUUUUGAUGUCAGUUUUUUUUUUCUUUCUAUUUUUUUUUGCAUGACUUUGGUAAGAGUAUUUGUUGGGGGGGGAAAAAGAGACAAAAGACCAGUCUUUUUUUUUUUACUUUAACUAUUUUGUUCUAGAGUACCUCUUGUUAUAAAUACCGUAACAGCUUUAUGUUAGAAGAAAACUUGCAAACUUCCUACUUUUUAUGGGCAUCCAUGCUUUUUUCUGACUCUUGAAUUACUCUUGAAACAUUAAAAUGUUAAUUGACUGGUGUUGAUUAAUGUUUGUAGGUCUGAAAUGAUGUUACACUGUGGAUCCAGGUGCCCAUUUUGUUCUCUUUUUACCAAUGAGUAAAAUUAUUUCUUGUAUUUAUACAGUUGUGUCUAGAAAAUCUCGGAUGAUUUUGUUAGGGACAUCAUAAUGAUCUUUCUAUGUUUGUUCUGGAAAGAAUUAAAUGAGAAAUGCUUCGUA